AUAGCUUUAUUGAGGACCGUCGGUCGACCUGUGAGCGGACCCAUUUGUACUCGAACCAAGAACCGAAGUUGUAGUUGCAGCUGUUUUCGCGUCGGCGGUGUCUUGCCUGUGAUGCCUGCUGGCAUGUUCAGCAUCGACAGUAUCCUGGCUGGGAGACCCAGUUGCAAGGAAUCCGUGGUGCUGCACCGGAGUACCCCGCUCGUGUUCUCCGCGCUCGCCGACUCCAUGUACACGGCGGCAGACUUUAACGGACUCUACUCGCACUCCUCGGGGACUCCGGCCGCCAGCGUGCACGCGCUCGGCGGCACCAGGAUGGGCUAUAACAACUACUACUACGGGCAGCUGCACGUUCAGGGGCCGAGCGGGCCGGCGUGCUGCGGAGCAGUGUCAGCGCUGGGGUCACAGCAGUGUCCCUGCAUUCCCACAGGCUACGAGAGCGGCGGCUCCAUGCUCCUGUCCCCCUUGCCCCACCACAUGAUGUCCUACAUGAACAUGGGCUCCCUGUCAAGGACUGAGAUCCAGCUGCUCAACCAGCUGCACUGCCGGCGGAAGAGGAGGCACCGAACCAUCUUCACCGACGAGCAGCUGGAGGCCUUGGAGAACCUCUUCCAGGAGACCAAGUACCCCGACGUGGGCACGAGGGAGCAGCUCGCGCGCAGGGUGCACCUUCGCGAGGAGAAAGUGGAGGUCUGGUUCAAAAACAGAAGGGCAAAAUGGAGAAGACAGAAAAGAUCAUCUUCCGAAGAGUCAGAGAAUGUACAGAAAUGCCACAAAUCUUCUAAAACAACAGGAGCGAAAAAAGACGAAGGGAAAAGUGACGUGGAGUCAGAUAGCUGAUAUUUUCUUUUAAAAAAGAAAAGAUAAGAACAAAAAGCAACAGAAAAGAAAAAAGAGAAAGAAAAACGCUCAUGACGUGGAUACGUAUUUCUUGCACAAUUCAUAAACAAUGUGUACAUACUGUAAAUGGAUAAAUAAUGUGUGGAUUGAAGUACGUACUAAAAUUCGUUGCGAUGAUGUUGCACAGAUGUAUAGUAAAUAUGACUUUUAUUAUUGAUAUUUAUGUUUAAUUUAAGACUAUUGUAUCUCAAGCGCAUUACACGAGCCUCUUUCAAAAA